GAAAGUACCCAGCUAUCUAUUUCUAGUAAAUAAUUCGCCCUCUGCAAGCAACACAGACAGCUUAUCAUAGCGAUAGGUUACGUAACGCCCGCGCGGCCGCGUCAUGACGUAGGACGUUUCAACGUUUGGUACGCGAUUCUGAACUUUAGGUAGUCGACAGCCGGUUGUUGUAAACAAGAAACGUAUCAUGUUGAAUACGAUCAGACAAAUUGUAUUGUGCGCAAACAAACGACAUGUUUUGGAACAAAUUAGAUGUGCUUCACAAGCAUUGCCACAACUUUCAGCUGAAAAAUAUAAUGUUAAAAGGAAAGCCUUUGCAACAGUGCAGAGUACAGAUGUUGACUAUUUCAAGUCGAUCCUGGGAAAUGAGAGGGUGCUGACCGAUGAUAACGAUGUUACGCCAUUUAACAUCGAUUGGAUAAAGAAUUGCCGAGGACAAUCGAAAGUGGUUUUGAAGCCAAAGACAACAAAAGAGGUUUCACAAAUCCUAUCAUACUGCAAUCAGAGGAAGCUGGCGGUAUGUCCUCAAGGUGGAAACACAGGUCUCGUCGGCGGAUCGGUCCCAGUUUUCGAUGAAAUUGUAGUCAACCUAAUGCUAAUGAAUAGUAUAGUCACGUUGGAUGAAAUAUCGGGCGCGUUAAUCUGCGAGGCGGGAUGUAUCCUAGAAACUCUGGACAACCACGUGCGCGAGCGCAACCUGAUCAUGCCAUUGGACCUGGGAGCCAAAGGCACGUGUCAGGUGGGCGGCAACGUCAGCACCAACGCCGGCGGGCUUCGACUCCUGCGCUACGGAAAUCUACAUGGCUCUAUAUUGGGAUUAGAAGCUGUAAAAGCAGAUGGCACAAUCAUAGAUUGCCUCAAAACACUGAAAAAAGACAACACAGGGUACCAUUUGAAGCAUUUAUUUAUAGGUUCCGAGGGCACAUUGGGUGUGGUCACGAAAGUUGCAAUCCACUGCCCUGUUUUGCCCAAGGCUGUGACUGUUGGAUUUUUUGGUGUAAAAAGUUUCGAUAAUAUUCUGAAAUUAUACAAGAGUGCCAAAUCAUCAUUAGGAGAAAUUCUGUCUGCGUUUGAAAUGGCAGACCACGACGCCAUUUCUAUUACAGUCAAAAAUCUCAACCUGCCAAACCCAAUAUCAGAAUACCCGUUCUACGUGUUAGUGGAAACGCACGGAAGUGAUGAAGGGCAUGAUGGGGAGAAACUCACACGAUUCCUGUCGAAAGAAAUGGAAAGUGAUCUAAUAUUAGAUGGCACUGUUACGUCUGAACCGGGCAAGAUGCAGACGAUAUGGAAUCUCAGAGAGAGCAUAGCUGGCGCUGGUCUGGUUCAGGGAUACGUGUUCAAGUAUGACGUGUCUAUUCCCCAGAAGCAUUAUUACGAUUUAGUGCCGAAACUGAAAGAACGCAUGGGCGACAAGGCAACCGUUGUGUGUGGCUAUGGACACGUGGGCGACGGCAACAUCCACAUCAACGUGAGCGUCCCGGAGUACACCCGCGAGGUGGUUUCCCUUCUGGAGCCCUACGUGUACGAGCAGGUGGCGGCGCUGCAGGGCUCCAUCAGCGCCGAGCACGGCGUCGGCUUCCGCAAGCCGCACUACAUCCACUACAGCAAGGAUGAAUCCGCGCUGCACCUCAUGAGGGACCUGAAAACGCUCAUGGACCCUAACGGAAUUCUCAACCCGUACAAAGUCUUGCCAGAAGUUGAUUAACACUUCCAAAUCACGCGCAAUCGCGUCGUAACUAAUCUUCCGAUGGUUAAACAAAAAUGUAAAUGUACAAAGGGUCAUCAAAAAAAUAUGUGAUAACUUUUAGUAUACCUUGAUUUUUUAGAAUCCAGCAGAGAUGUAAACAAACACUUUCAUACACAAUUACACCAUAAUCACUUACGUGUUCAUAAUAUCAUACACAUUAUUUAACAAGCCCAUGAAACCAACUUUAUUUUCACGUUUAGAUAAGUUUGAAAUCAGUCUUUGAAACAAAUUAUUUUGCAAAAUACGUGGACGAUGAAAAUUUGUGAGACUUGUCAAAUUGACUUGACGUUUAAAAUCAUGUGUUAUCUCCAUAUUGUCUAUGACUUGUCUCUGACACAUCAGUGCUGUAACCUGUGAGUCAUAGACAAUAAUCUGUAAAUUUAAUCGAUAUUAUUUUAAGUAUUCACUUAUUCCGAUUACUGAUUAAUUUUAAAUAAAAAAUAUACGAUACUUUGUUUAGUUUUCCAGCGAUAACUUCAAUAAUAUUGGAGAUAACGUAAAAUUAUUUUUCUACUUUUAGUGUAUACUUUUUCGGAGUCAGUUUAAUUUUUAGUCGGUUUUAUUUAAACGAAAUUAUUUUACUUUUUUAUGCAAUUAUGCUUACGUAUUGUUCGAUUGCUUAUUUUCCUAUAUAAGUAAAUAAAAUAAAAGAAAAUUAAAAUCUUCUUUCAAUUGAUAGCAUCUUAAAUUACCUCCCUAGCGGAAUAGAGCAACAAAGAACUGAGCGAGCGAGAUGUCACUAGUAGCAACACUGUCAAACAGAACUUUUUGCAACUAUUUGAAGUUUAAUAACUUUACGGAUAUCAUUGAUUGUUUUACUGUCCAGUGUGUUUUUUGAUUACAUAAUCUCAUCUCACAGUUUGUUUCCUGUUCUCGAAAAUUUCAUAAUCAGUUCACAUUCAAUGUUCUUUGUUGCAAUUUUUAGUAUUUUGACGAUCACCCGGCGAUGAUACGCAAGUAUUAAAAUAAUUUCACUUCGCGAUUAACGAGAGGUUUUGUCGCAUCACUAGUUCACAGACUAAAAAUUUUUUUAUGUCUGUUGGCCAUUUUUGAUGACAUUUCUGCUGAGUUCUAAAAAAUUAGACUGUAAGCAACUAAAUAAAUAAAAAAACUUUUGUAUUAAUUUACAGAAAGUUCUAGAUGUGUAAAUAAUUAGAAAUAAAUGUGUAACCACUGAAUUAAAAAUACCAUUUGCUUUCAAAGCCUUUUUUUCGUUGGAGGAAUAAGUUUUUAGAACUUAAAAAAUACUAUUCAUUGUUUAUUUACGUCAUUUUUAAAAUAUUUCGGUAUUGCAAAAUGAAACAACACUUAUUUAAAUGACUUUUAUUAAAAUAUCCAUUUAUUCUUAUAACAUUCGUAAUAUCACUGCAACAAAAAUACAAUGGAAUAUUAUAAACAUUUUCCUAAUUGCUUCAAAUAAAUAAAUCCGGUAUUGCAUAAAUAUAUUCAAAAAAUCGUAUUAGGAGCGCUCAAUAAUAUCAACAUGGAUCGUGAAUGUACUUAGUUUAGCAUAAGUUUAUGUUAUUGCUAUGUGAAUGUCUAUUAGCACUAUAGAGAACACUAUUAUUAUUAUUGUUAACCAGCAAUUAGGUCAUUAAUUAAAACCCAUUUCGCACUCAAGGCCACUAUCACUCUCUCACUCACUUCAAUAGGCAAAUGUAAUCACAACAAAGUUCAACAUAAAUUGUAACAAAUUUGGCAUUUUCGCAAGUUGCUUUGAAGACAUCCAGUCCAGCCUGCGGGCGUCAGGGCGCGUUGCAAGUGACGAACGAAACGUUUGUGCUAGAAACCUCACACGCAUUAUACCAAGUCCAUGGAAUUGUUCAAUAUCAUUCGAGAUUUUAAAAUUAUAUUGCAUUGCAUGUAUUAUGUAUAGACGUUUGAUUCAAGUACAAGUAAGUAUAAAUAAAUUAUUAAAAGUCA